CCUCUGACCUCUAACCCUCUCCCUCUCGUCCUGCAGCAGGAGCUGGUGGACUCUCUCAGCAGGAAGCUGCAGGUGCUGCGUGAGGCCAGAGAGAGUCUCCAGGAGGACGUCCAUGAUAACAACGCCCUAGGAGAGGAGGUGGAGGCCACGGUGCAGCAGGUCUGUACGCCAAACCAGCUGGACAAGUUCAGGAUGUUCAUAGGAGACCUGGACAAGGUGGUCAGCCUGCUGCUGUCCCUGUCCGGACGCCUGGCCAGAGUGGAGAACGCCCUCAACAGCCUGGAGGAGGGUACAUCACCUGAGGAGAGGAGAACCCUGACAGACAAGAGGAAGCUGUUGAUCCAGCAGCAUGAGGAUGCCAAGGAGCUGAAGGAGAACCUGGACCGCCGGGAGAGAGUGGUCUACAACAUCCUGGCCUCCUACCUCCCAGAGGAGAGCCUGACCGACUACCAACACUUUGUCAAGAUGAAGUCUGCCCUCAUUAUUGAGCAGCGCAAACUAGAGGACAAGAUUAAACUGGGAGAGGAGCAGCUCAAGUGUCUAAUGGACAGCCUGCCGCUAGAGCAGAGGAUGAGCCUGUAACCCCUGACCCCUGGAUCAGAGAAUGGCCCUGUGAGGGCGACACUGGGAUCCAAACGCACAUGACUUCUCAAACUGUGUAUAAUGGACCUGACCACUCUGGCCUCACUGCAGUGGAACCCCAUGGCCACUAAGGGGCAGCAGAGAUUAGCAGAGAGGAGCAGCCGUACCCCACUAGAUGGCAGCAAAGCUCCAGACUGGAGGGGUUGUAAUGUUUAGCUGUAUCUCAACACUGAUCUGAGUCUAAUGGAGCCCUACCAGAACACAUGGCAGAUCAUAUAUAUACACAAAAAAAGUUAAAUAAAGGUUAAAUAAAUAAACAAAUUAAAAUAAACGCAACAUGAAACAAUUUCAAUGAUUUUACUGAGUUACAAUUCAUAUAAGGAAAUCAGUCAAUUGAAAUAAAUUCAUUACAUCAGAAUCUAUGGAUUUCACAUGACUGGGCAUGGGCACAGCCAAGGUUGGGCAUGGGAGGGCAUAGGCCCACCCACUGGGGAGCCAGGCCUAGCCAAUCAUAAUUAGUUUUCCCCCACAAAAGGGCUUUAUUACAGGCAGAAAU